UUCUAUUAAUCCUAAAUAUUUAUUUUUGUUAUGAAAUUAUAAUUUUUAUUUUUGUUAAUAUAAAUACACUUGACUUUAUUUUAUUCUGCCUACAUUAAUGAAUAAUCAAUAAUAAUGGCUUAAAAAUAGGUAUCCAUAUACUUACUCUUCAUAUGAGUUAUAGUUAUGAAAGAUAAUGAGCAUUUAGCUGAAAUCAUUAGAAAUGAGUGAUCACUCUUUAUAUGUGAAGGGAACAAGAAUAUGGAUUCCUGAUAUCGAUGAAGUAUGGAUUGGUGGUUUUUUGCAGAAUGAUAUAUGUAAUGGAAAAUUAGAAAUAGAACUUGAGGAUGGAAGGGAGUUUGUAUUGGAUUUGAAUGAAUCUAAAUGUGAUUUACCACCAUUGCGUAAUCCAGAAAUUCUUGUUGGUGUUAAUGACUUAACUACACUCAGCUACUUACAUGAGCCAGCAGUUCUAUACAACUUAAAGGAGAGAUUUGUAAAUUCUCAAGCUAUUUAUACAUAUUGUGGAAUUGUUUUGGUUGCUAUUAAUCCUUAUCAAAGUGUUCCAAUAUAUGGUUCUGACAUCAUUGCUGCUUAUAAUGGCCGUCAAAUUGGGGAAAUGGAUCCACACAUAUUUGCAGUUGCUGAAGAUGCUUUUAAAAAUAUGGUCAAUUUAGGCAAAAAUCAAUCAAUUAUUGUAUCGGGAGAAAGUGGGGCUGGGAAAACUGUAAGUGCAAAGUACACAAUGAGAUAUUUUGCCAAUGUUGGCGGUUCUCAAAAUGAAACAACUAUUGAGCAGAAAGUUUUGGCAUCAAAUCCUAUAAUGGAGGCUAUUGGAAAUGCCAAGACUAUACGCAAUGACAACAGUUCUCGAUUUGGUAAAUAUAUAGAAAUUAACUUUAAUGACAACUACAACAUAGUUGGAGCAAAUAUGCGAACUUAUCUGCUAGAAAAGUCUAGGGUUGUUUAUCAAGCACCAAACGAAAGAAAUUACCACAUUUUUUAUCAAUUAUGUUCUCAUAGAAACCUACCUUGUUUUCAAGAGCUGAAUUUGAAGUCGGUUGAUGAUUUCUUUUAUACUCAGCAAGGUAAGAGUCCUUCCAUUAAAGAUGUAGACGAUCUAAAGUGCUUUCAGGAAACCUGCGAAGCUUUAGAAUUGCUUGGCAUAUACAGUGAGCAACAAAGAAUGUUAUGGAGAAUCCUUGCUGCCAUUCUUCAUUUGGGUAAUGUUGAUAUAGUUGCAGUUUCAAAAAGUAAAGAUGAGUGCUCUAUAAAGGUAGAUGAUUCUCAUGUCAGGAUGGUUUCUAGUUUAUUAGGAAUUGAUUGUGGGCAAUUGUGCAAGUGGCUAUGUGCUCGUAAAAUUAUAGCAACCGGAGAAGUUUAUGUCAAACCGUUAACAUGGCAUGAGGCAAACAAUGGGCGUGAUGCUUUAGCAAAACACAUUUAUGCACAAUUAUUUGAUUGGAUUGUUGAGCAUGUUAAUUCUAACUUAGCAAUGGCAUCAGAAAGAAAGUCUUUUAUUGGUGUUCUUGAUAUUUAUGGAUUUGAAACCUUCCAAGUAAACAGCUUUGAACAGUUUUGUAUUAAUUAUGCAAAUGAAAAACUACAGCAACAGUUUAAUCAGCAUGUCUUUAAACUUGAACAAAUGGAAUAUGUGAAAGAACAAAUUCAGUGGUCAUUUAUAGAUUUCUAUGACAACCAACCAUGUUUAGAUUUAAUUGAAGAAAAAUUAGGAAUUCUUGAUUUGUUAGAUGAAGAAUGUAGGAUGCCAAAAGGCUCAGAUGCAAGUUGGGCUUCGAAAUUGUAUAAACAUCAUUUAAAGAAUGGGCGUUAUUUUGAAAAACCUAGAAUGUCAGAUGUAGCAUUUAUAAUUCGUCAUUACGCAGAUGAUGUUGUAUAUGAUUGUAAUGGGUUUGUAGAAAAGAACCGAGACACUAUUAAUGAAGAACAUUUAUCUUUACUUCGGGCUAGUGAGUAUGAAUUAGUGGGAGAAUUGUUUGGCUCAAAAGAUUUUACUGAUGGUUUUAUACAGAGGAAACGUACAACCUCCAGAGUUGGAAAAACAGCACCAAAAGGAAAAAAAACUGUUGGAUCGCAGUUUCGUGAUUCUCUGACAAAGCUCAUGGAGGCCCUAAACUCAACUUCGCCACACUAUAUAAGAUGUAUUAAAUCAAAUGAUCGUAAGGCUCCUUUUGAACUAGAUUCAAAAAGAUGUGUGCAGCAACUUCGAGCUUGUGGUGUGCUUGAGACAAUAAGAAUAAGUGCUUCUGGUUACCCAUCUAGAUGGUCCUAUCAAGAAUUUUUUUAUCGGUAUCGAAUAUUGGUUCCAUGGAAAAAAAUAAAAUGGGAUAAUUUAAUAGAAACAUGUAGAAUUAUUUUAGAUAAUGUUAUACAGAAUAAAGAUAAGUUUCAAUGUGGUAAAACAAAGAUAUUCUUUAGAGCUGGACAGGUCGCUUAUCUAGAAAAAUUAAGAAAUGAUGUUCUUAGAGACAAUUGUAUAAAGAUUCAAAAAAAUGUAAAAGGAUGGUUAAUGUAUCGCAAAUAUCACUGCUUGAAAAAAGCUUCUAUUAAAAUACAGGCUUGGUUUAGGGGUCGAUUGGCUACAAGAUUAGUGAAUCACAUGCGAAGAACAAGAGCUGCUACAAAUAUUCAGAAAAGGUGGCGUGGAUACUUUGCUCGAACAAGUUACACCACAAUAAGAAAUCAGUUUAUCAUUAUUCAAGCGCAUAUUCGUGGUUUAUUAAUUCGCAGAAAAUUAAAAGCUUAUAUUCAAUGGAAAAAAAGUAUUAUAAUUCAAAAAAACUGGAGGAGAUAUUAUGCACGAAAGGAAUAUCUUUCAACAAGGAAAAGCAUUAUCCUGCUACAGUGUUGUAUAAGGCGUAUGGCUGCUCGCAAAGAACUUAAAAAGCUUAAGAUUGAAGCACGUUCUGUUGAACAUUUAAAAACAGUAAGCAAGGGCAUGGAGAUUAAGAUUAUUACAUUGCAAGAAAAGCUAAAUGCUGAGAAAAAAGAAAAAGAAUAUUUAAAACAAAAGGUUGACAGUCUGAUGAUUAUUGAACAAGAAGCACAAGACUACAAAGAAAUUAAAUCAAUCAAAGAACAGCUGGAAAAAUCUUUUAAAAAUAUAGAAAAAGAAAACAACAGGCUACAAAUAGAACUCAAUGUUGCUAUAGAAACAACAGUUAAUUUAACAAAAGACAAAGAAAUGCUUAUAGCGACAAGUGAAAAGGAAGUUAAAGAACUAAAAUUAUCUAUUGAAGAUUUGAUGAAAACAUUAGAAAUAGAAAAAUCAAAGUGUGAAGCACAAUCUUUAGACCAUAAGUUGCAUCUUCAGCAAUGUCUUGAUGAGCAACGCAAGCAAAUGGAAGCAGAAUUUUCAGUUGAACGAGCAAGUCAUCAAAAGAUGUUAGGUGACUUUGCUCGUCUUGAGCAGCGAUUCAUGAAUCUUCAAGAAGAACAAAUUAUUGAAAAAAGUCCUGAAAAAAGACAGAAAAGAUCUUUUGCAGAUUCUGAUAAAAACUUGCUUACUGGCGUUAAUGAUGAAAAACUAAAUAAUCUUGUUGAUGAGUUAUCUGAAGUUCUAAGAGAAAGAGACAUGUUGCUAGAACAAGUUGAACUACUAAAAGAUGAGCAAAAAGUCAAUUUAAAUAUCUCAAAAGAUUCAGAAUAUAAUGCUACAAAUAAACAACUUUUGAAUGAAAAUAAUCUGUUAAAAAAUGAAAAUGAACAGAUGAAACAGCAGUUGAUAGUAAUGACAAAUGCUGUUGAAAAUGAUGACAAGUUGGCAAAAGAUGGCAUGGUACCCAAUCUAUUAAAGCAAAUCAAAGAGCUAAGAGAAGAAAAUACAGUUUUAAGAAAAAAGCUUGACAAAUUUCUUGCAAAUCAAAUGGUUGGGAAUGUUACCAAUAACAACAAUAUGUCAGACUUGGCAGAAAAAGAGAUAUCACGUCUCACUGUUGAAAAUCUUCAUUUACAUGAAGAAAUUGAAAAGUUUGAGGCUCAAUUAAAAGCUCUUUCUUCUCAAAAUUCAAGGAACACCUUAACAAACAAAGGGGAACUUCAACAUGGCAUUGUACCAAGAAGUAAAUCUAAUGUAUCAGAUCUCAGGAGGCAUAGAUCUACAACAACAAUAGAAAACAGAAUUGCUGAUGGAAGUCUUUCUGAAGCUGCAAAGCUGUGUGUAACAUAUGCUGGAUUGACUAGAAAAAAAACUGGUACUUUAGUACAAUCUAGUACACCCCCACAACCUGUAAGAGCUGUUCAAGGAAUGUUAAAUGUCAAAGGUGAAUACCAGGAGAAAGUAAUCAAUAAACUUAUAACUGAACUUCAUCCUUCUCAAGUUGAUAAGGAAGUUCCAGGUUUUCCAGCUCACCUCUUGUUUAUGGGUAUACGAUAUAUUGACCAUAAUAGCGAAGAACGUCUUAUGCAGAGUUAUUUAACUGCUGUUAUCUCUGGAAUUAAAAAGAAAGUUUUGAAACAUUCUACAGACAUUGAAGUGCAAUCAUUUUGGCUGAACAAUACCUUCCGCCUAUGCUGUAAUAUGAAACAGUAUAGUGGAGAACCACAAUUUCAAAAUGUGAAUUCACGAGAGCAAAAUAAACACUGUUUGAAAAACUUUGAUUUAUCUGAAUACAGACAAGUUCUGAGCGAUACUUGUAUAAAAAUUUAUCAAGACAUGGUCUAUAAUAUUCAGCAAAGAAUUACGAAUCUUAUCGUCCCUGGAAUGUUAGAGUACGAAUCAAUUCCCGGAGUUGUUUCAACUUUGCGAAAGUUUAAAUCUGACAAAAAAAUUCAAGAAGAAAUUGUUACUGUUAAAGACAUCACAAACAAAUUAACUGCUAUACUUGCCGUUUUAAAUGCACACUGUGUGCAUCCAACUUUAAUUAAGCAAAUAUUUACUCAGAUUUACUACUUUAUAAACGCUACAAUGAUUAACAAUGUGCUUUUGCGAAAAGAUAUGUGUCAUUGGUCAAGAGGACUGCAAAUUAGGUUUAAUGUGACGCAAUUAGAAGAAUGGUGUCGAACUAAUCAGCUGCAUGAGAGUGAUCUUCUUAAACAAUUAGAACCAAUCACAGAAGUUGUACAAAUUUUGCAAGUCAACAAAAAGUCAGUUGAAGAUGCUGAUGGAAUAAUUGCUAUUGUUAAAUCACUUAAUGCACUUCAGGUGCAAAAAAUACUCACGAUGUACACUCCGCCAAAUGAAUACGAACCUCGUGUACCAUCCAGCCUGAUCAAAGCCGUCAUGAAUAAAAUGAAAAAAGAAGACAACGCUUGUAUUAUGUUUGAUCUUAAGUACAUAAAUCCAAUGACAGUGCCAUUUAUACCAUCAACCGUAGUAUUUGAUAAAUUAGAAAUACCUGAAUCUUUGGAAUUGGCACCAGUUACUAUUAUAUAAAUUUUUUUUUUUUUGCAAUAAAUAUAGAUAGAGUUAAUUAUGUUAGUUAUUCGAAUAAUAUCGAAAAUUAAAUAAAAAAAAACUAUAUUUUUUUCAGUUUCAAUAUAUAUAUAUUUUUUUUAGUUUAGUUUUUUAGUUUUCUUUAUUAAAUAGAACCUAGUUUUUUUAAGUAUAAAUAUUAUUUUUAAAGCUUUUUUUUUUUUUUUACAUUUAAAUAAAUAAAUUAGAAAAAAACCUUAAUUUUUUUUUCUGUUGGAUUUGUCUUCCAGAUUGUAGAACUUUUAUAACUAAUUUAUAUAUAUAUAUAUAUAGAUAUUUUUUUAAAUUUUUUUGUUGUGAAGGAAAGCUGCUUUUUAAAAAGAUAAAGAAAUCUAUAAAUCUAAAAUAUAAGUUUGAUUUACAAAUUAUUUUUUAAUAAAGCUUCUUCACUCGUAAAUACGUAUUCAAAUUAUUAUAUUUUGUGUUUUUUAAGUAUAAUAGUAAACCCUGUUUAUUUUAUAUAUUUGUAAAUUCGAAGUAUAGUUUACGCGUGUAAUUUAUUUGAUACGUCAUAUUCGUUGAGUUAGUAGUUAUUCAUAAUGUCUGUGGCUUAUUCCUUAUUUUGUUAA